AUGGUGGACUUUCCGUAUUCGAGCGCGCCUCUGCGGACCAUCAAGGAGGUGCAGUUUGGGCUGUUCUCGCCCGAGGAGGUGCGGGCGAUUUCGGUGGCCAAGAUUGAGUUUCCAGAGACGAUGGACGAGACGCAGAUGCGCGCAAAGGUGGGAGGGCUGAACGACCCCCGGCUGGGCUCCAUCGACCGGAACUUCAAGUGUCAGACGUGUGGCGAGGGCAUGAACGACUGCCCGGGCCACUUCGGGCACAUCGAGCUGGCGAAGCCCGUGUUCCAUAUUGGGUUCAUCUCGAAGAUCAAAAAGGUCUGUGAGUGCGUAUGCAUGCACUGCGGCAAGCUGCUGUUAGAUGAAUACAACGAGCUCAUGCGGCAAGCGAUCAAGAUCAAGGAUCCCAAACGGCGAUUCAACGCAGUAUGGUCAUUAUGUAAGGCUAAGAUGGUUUGCGACACCGAGGUGCCCUCCGAAGACGAUCCCAGCAAAUAUAUUUCUCGGGGCGGCUGCGGUAACGCACAGCCAAGUAUCCGUAAGGAUGGUCUCUCAUUGGUUGGUACAUGGAAGAAAGACAAGAACGCCGAAGACGCGGACCAGCCCGAGAAGCGCAUUAUCUCUGCUGAGGAAAUAUUGAAUGUUUUCAAGCAUAUAUCACCCGAGGACUCCUGGAGGCUUGGGUUCAACGAGGACUUUUCUCGCCCCGAAUGGAUGUUGCUAACUGUCUUGCCGGUCCCACCGCCACCUGUGCGCCCAUCUAUCUCGUUUAACGAGUCGCAGAGAGGUGAGGAUGACUUGACCUAUAAGUUGGGUGAUAUCCUAAAGGCAAAUAUCAAUGUGCAGCGGCUGGAGAUUAACGGUUCGCCUCAGCAUGUGAUUCAGGAAUCUGAGUCCCUACUCCAAUUCCACGUUGCGACGUAUAUGGACAAUGAUAUUGCCGGUCAACCUCAAGCAGUUCAGAAAUCGGGAAGACCGAUCAAAUCUAUCCGUGCACGGUUGAAGGGGAAGGAAGGUCGUAUCAGAGGUAAUCUUAUGGGCAAACGUGUUGAUUUCUCCGCUCGUACCGUUAUUUCAGGUGACCCAAACCUAGAUCUGGACCAAGUCGGUGUGCCGAAGUCGAUAGCGAAAACUCUGACGUAUCCGGAAGUCGUUACUCCUUACAAUAUCGAUCGUCUAACACAACUGGUGCGGAAUGGCCCGAAUGAGCACCCCGGAGCUAAAUAUGUCAUCCGUGACAACGGUGACCGUAUCGAUUUGAGAUAUAGCAAGCGUGCUGGUGAUAUACAGCUCCAAUAUGGUUGGAAAGUCGAACGUCAUAUUAUGGACGACGAUCCGGUGCUAUUUAACCGGCAGCCGUCAUUGCACAAGAUGUCCAUGAUGGCGCACAGAGUUAAAGUUAUGCCGUAUUCCACCUUUAGGCUAAAUUUAUCUGUCACCUCGCCUUAUAACGCUGAUUUCGAUGGUGACGAAAUGAACUUACACGUUCCACAGUCAGAGGAAACACGGGCAGAACUGUCACAACUAUGUGCUGUGCCCCUACAAAUUGUUUCACCUCAGUCGAACAAGCCAUGUAUGGGUAUUGUGCAGGAUACCUUAUGUGGCAUUCGGAAAAUGACAUUGAGAGACACUUUUAUUGAGUUAGAUCAAGUUUUAAACAUGCUUUAUUGGAUUCCAGAUUGGGAUGGUGUCAUUCCAACGCCAACAAUUCUAAAGCCAAAACCACUGUGGUCUGGUAAGCAGCUAUUAUCCAUGGCUAUUCCUAGUGGUAUCCACUUACAGAGAUUCGACGAGGGUACCACCUACCUAUCACCAAAGGAUAACGGCAUGUUGAUUAUCGACGGACAGAUCAUCUUCGGGGUAGUAGACAAGAAAACCGUUGGCUCUUCAAGCGGUGGUCUCAUCCAUGUUGUUACCAGAGAAAAGGGCCCUGAAGUAUGUGCCAAGUUAUUUGGUAACAUUCAAAAGGUAGUCAAUUACUGGCUGCUCCAUAAUGGGUUCUCUAUCGGUAUUGGUGAUACCAUUGCUGAUGAAAAGACAAUGAGGGAAAUCACAGACGCAAUUGCUCUUGCCAAGAAAAAGGUAGAGGAAGUCACUAAAGAAGCACAAGCUAAUUUGUUGACUGCCAAACACGGUAUGACACUUCGGGAAUCUUUUGAGGAUAAUGUCGUGCGUUACUUGAAUGAAGCUAGAGACAAGGCUGGUCGCUCUGCAGAAGUUAAUCUAAAGGACCUGAACAACGUCAAGCAGAUGGUCAGCGCAGGUUCUAAGGGUUCCUUUAUCAACAUUGCACAGAUGUCUGCAUGUGUAGGCCAACAGUCGGUCGAAGGUAAGCGUAUUGCAUUUGGAUUUGCCGACCGUACACUACCUCAUUUCUCUAAGGAUGACUACUCUCCAGAAUCGAAGGGUUUCGUAGAAAACUCGUACCUAAGAGGGUUGACCCCUCAGGAGUUUUUCUUCCACGCUAUGGGUGGCCGUGAAGGUUUGAUUGAUACUGCGGUUAAGACUGCUGAAACAGGUUACAUUCAACGUCGUUUGGUCAAGGCACUGGAGGAUAUUAUGGUGCAUUACGAUGGUACAACUAGAAACUCUCUCGGAAAUAUCAUCCAGUUUGUCUAUGGUGAGGAUGGUAUGGAUGCUGCACACAUAGAAAAGCAGUCGAUCGAUACCAUCCCAGGCUCCGACUUGGCGUUUGAGAAACGUUACCGUAUCGAUUUACUAAAUCCAAACUAUGCAUUGGACCCUAAUCUAUUAGAAUCGGGAACUGAAAUUGUUGGCGAUCUAAAACUUCAGAAUUUGUUGGAUGAGGAAUACAAACAGUUAGUCCAGGAUCGCCACUUCCUGAGAAAGAUAUUUAUGGACGGUGAGCAUAACUGGCCACUGCCAGUUAAUAUCAGGCGUAUUAUCCAGAAUGCUCAGCAGACAUUCCGUAUUGACUCUACAAAGCCCACUGAUUUAUCCAUUCAGGAUGUUGUUCAAGGUGUAAGGGGACUACAAGAACGGCUACUUGUUUUACGCGGUAAAUCACAAAUUUUACAAGAGGCUCAGGAAAAUGCCAUUACACUAUUCUGCUGUCUGCUACGUUCUCGUUUAGCAACACGCAGAGUGAUAACAGAAUACAGGUUAACCAAACAGACUUUUGAAUGGGUAUUGAACAAUAUUGAAGCUCAAUUCUUGAGAUCUAUCGUUCAUCCAGGGGAAAUGGUCGGUGUGCUAGCUGCUCAAUCUAUUGGUGAGCCCGCUACACAGAUGACCUUAAACACCUUCCAUUUUGCUGGUGUUGCCUCGAAGAAGGUCACAUCUGGUGUGCCUCGUUUGAAGGAAAUCUUAAAUGUCGCUAAGAAUAUGAAGACGCCAUCCUUAACUGUGUACUUGGAAGAAUCAUAUGCGACUGAUCAGGAGAAGGCCAAAUUGAUUAGAUCUGCUAUCGAACAUACCACAUUGAAAAGUGUAACAGUCGCUUCAGAGAUUUACUAUGACCCUGAUCCUAGCUCUACUGUGAUUGAAGAGGAUGAGGAAAUUAUACAAUUGCACUUUUCUUUGAUGGAUGAAGAGACCGAGGCGUCUUUGAAGCAUCAGUCUCCAUGGUUAUUACGUUUGGAAUUGGAUCGUGUUGCCAUGACUGACAAAGACCUAACGAUGGGUCAAGUUGGUGAAAAAAUCAAGGAAACAUUUAAGAAUGACUUAUUUGUUAUAUGGUCAGAAGACAAUGCUGAAAAGUUGAUUAUCCGCUGUCGUGUGGUUCGUGAUCCCAAAACAUUAGAUGCGGAAGCAGAAGCAGAGGAAGAUCAUAUGCUAAAGAAAAUUGAGAACACCAUGUUGGAAAGUAUUACUCUGCGGGGUGUUCAAGAUAUUACACGUGUGGUCAUGAUGAAGUACGACCGCAAGGUUCCUAGUGAAACAGGAGAAUACCACAAAAUACCAGAGUGGGUUUUGGAAACAGAUGGUGUUAAUUUGUCAGAGGUUAUGUCCGUUCCUGGUGUCGACCCUACUCGCAUAUAUACCAACUCAUUCAUUGACAUAAUGAAUGUGCUUGGUAUUGAAGCCGGUCGUGCUGCGUUGUACAAGGAAGUGUACAACGUUAUCGCAUCCGAUGGUUCCUAUGUGAACUAUCGUCAUAUGGCCCUCUUGGUUGAUGUCAUGACCUCCCAAGGGUUCUUGAUGUCGGUGACGCGUCAUGGAUUCAACAGGGCCGACACUGGUGCGCUCAUGAGGUGCUCCUUCGAAGAGACUGUGGAGAUUUUGUUUGAGGCUGGCGCAGCCGCUGAGCUGGACGACUGCAGUGGUGUUUCUGAAAAUGUUAUAUUAGGGCAAAUGGCUCCGAUAGGGACUGGCUCUUUCGAUGUGAUGAUUGACGAUGAGUCCUUGAUCAAGUACAUGCCGGAACAGAAGUUGAGCACGGCAGUAGAAGUUAAUGACGGUGGUGCUACUCCAUACAACAGUGACGCUGGUUUGGUCAAUACGAAGGUUGACAUUAAAGACGAGUUAAUGUUCUCGCCGUUGGUAGAAGCAGGUACUUCGGAUGCUAUAGCAAGCGGUGGCUUCACAGCUUACGGUGGCGCAGACUAUGGUGGCGCGACUUCUCCAUUCAGUGGCUACGGCAAUGGUCCGACAUCUCCAGGCUUUGGGGAUGUUUCUUCACCUGGUUUCUCCCCAACAUCUCCUGCAUAUUCGCCAACGUCUCCAAGCUACUCUCCGACUUCGCCAUCAUAUUCACCAACUUCGCCAUCGUAUUCUCCUACUUCGCCAUCGUACUCGCCUACCUCGCCAUCGUACUCGCCUACCUCGCCAAGCUACUCGCCUACUUCGCCAAGUUAUUCUCCGACUUCGCCAAGUUAUUCGCCUACUUCGCCAUCGUACUCUCCUACAUCACCAUCGUACUCUCCUACAUCACCAUCAUAUUCUCCUACCUCUCCAAGCUAUUCUCCUACCUCUCCAAGCUAUUCUCCUACCUCUCCAAGCUAUUCUCCUACCUCUCCAAGUUACUCACCUACCUCUCCAAGCUACUCUCCUACAUCACCAAGCUACUCUCCUACUUCCCCAUCAUAUUCCCCAACAUCACCAUCAUACUCCCCAACAUCACCAUCAUACUCCCCAACAUCACCAAGUUAUUCUCCAACCUCACCAUCAUAUUCCCCUACUUCACCAUCAUAUUCCCCUACUUCACCACAGUAUAGCCCUCGCUCUCCUUCAUAUUCACCAAGCUUUAACAACAACGAUAAGGAGCAGAAAGAUGAGAAUGGCACACAUUGA